AUGUCCAGCCCCUCGACAUCCUCGGAAAACUCUCAGUUUACCACCCCCGCCUCUUCUCUCGCCUCACCUUUACUUUCCUCCACCCACAUUACUCCGAAACCGAAAGUCCUCCUCAUCGGUGAUUUUUGCGGUAUCCCGAAAUAUGAUAACCUCAUUCGCGAGAUUGCAGACGUCCACACUAUGCCCCGAUGCGGCUAUACCGAGACUGCAGCGCUUAUCAAACAAAAGGUUGAAGAGGAAGGAAGCUUUGUCGCUUUUGGUGGCCUCUUUGUCAUCACCGACAACUUCCCCUCACUAUGGGAUGCCGGCCUCCUCUCCCCCCUCCUCCCCGCAUGCAGACUCUUUGUCGGCCCCGGCGCAGGAUACGACAAAGUCGACAUUCCCUACCUCUCCUCCCACGGCGCUCUCUACGCCAACUCCCCCCAUGCUGUUGGAGAACGUACCGCCGACGGGGCUCUGGGUCUCGUCCUAGCUGCAGCGAGAGGUAUUGUACGAUAUGAUAUAGGUGUGAGAUCAGGGGGAUGGAGGGAUGUGGGUGUGAAGAGUGUUGAUUGGCGUAAUGCCAAAAUCGGUAUCGUCGGGCUCGGCGCUAUCGGCCUCCGUCUCUCCACUCUCCUCACAUCCCUCUCUUCCACCCUGCAAAUCCAUUAUCACUCCCGCCACCUCUCAUCCUCCCAUCUCGCCACGUCCUACACCUAUCACUCUACGCUUUCCAACCUCCUCCCUGUCGUCGACAUUCUCGUCCUCACGUGCCCGUUGACAAAAGCGACAGAAGGCAUUAUAGGGGAGGAAGCGUUCAAGCAGAUGAAAGACGGAGUUAUUGUCGUGAAUGUGUCGAGGGGAAAGGUCAUCGUCGAAGACGAGCUGGUCAAAGCUCUUGAGAGCGGUAAAGUGCUUCGAGCGGCUUUGGACGUAUUCGAGAACGAACCCCAAGUCCACGCCGGUCUUCUCUCCAACCCCAACGUCACACUCUCCCCCCACGUAGCCCCCGCCCCCGACUCCAUGGGCCCCGCCCUCAACGCCGAAGUCCUCGAAAACAUCAUCCACUACCUGCAAUCUCCCUCCGGUUUACCGCUCACGCCCGUCAACGUUGAUCAGGUGGAAGCUUUGGGGUUCACGACGGGGGCGAGGCGGGAGGUGUAA